CCAUGGCGUGCCCGGCCGGUGAGCUGGUGCCGGUGUUACCGGGGCUCUACGUGGGCGGCGCGGGGUCGUGCUCGUCCCCGGAGUCGCUGGCGGCCGCGGGAGUGGUGGCGGUGCUGACGGUGGACGCGGAGGAGCCGCCGGCCGUGCCGGGGGUGCGGGCCAUGCACGUACGGGCGCUGGACGAGCCCUGUGCCGACCUGCUGAGCCGCCUGGAUGACUGCGCCGCCUUCAUCGGCGCAGCAAGGGCCGGCGGCGGAGCUGCCCUCGUCCGCUGCCAGGCCGGGGUGAGCCGCAGCGUGGCCGUGGUGACCGCCUACCUCAUGAAGACACAGGGACUCGGCUGGGAAGAGGCCUACGCCGCCGUCAGGGCCGCCAAACCCGACGCCGAGAUGAACCCGGGUUUCCAGGCGCAGCUGAAGCUCUACGAGGCCAUGGGCUGCGCCGUGGACAGCAGCAGCGCCCUCUACAAGCGGUACCGGCUGCAGAUGCUCACGGAGAGGUACCCCGAACUUCAAGACUUGCCCCGAGAGGUCUUCGCUGUUGAUCCAACCAGUGUAUGUCAGACUCCAAACACAGAAGUUCUCUACAGGUGCAGGAAAUGCAGGCGUGCUCUGUUCCGUAGUUCCAGCAUCCUGUCCCACACAGAAGGAAGUGGCCCGACAGCCUUUGCCCACAAGAAGAUAACGGACUCUGCUCAGCUUUAUGGUGACACCCGUGAGAAGUGUACCUCUUACUUCACUGAGCCUGUGCAGUGGAUGGAGCCAGCAUUGCUCGGAGUAAUGGAAGGGCAGCUGCUGUGUCCCAAAUGCACCUCGAAGCUGGGCUCCUUCAGCUGGAGGGGUGAGCAGUGUUCCUGCGGCCGCUGGGUGACACCUGCCUUCCAGAUCCACAAGAGUCGCGUGGAUGAAGUGAGGACACUGCCGGUUGGGAACUUCCACACUGCCAAAACCUGAACUCUUCACUUCUCUCGAUGGAUUUCUUACUGUCCACAGGGAACUGCCAGGCUGCAGCUGCCAGGGCUGAGCUUGUGACCUCCACCCCUUUGUGAGGCAGAGGGAUUACUUGUAUACCUGCUUUGUUCAAGCUUGCUGUAUCUUUAAUAUGUGUAUAAAAACAGCAAAACAUUUCCCUCAAAGAGGUGUUACACACUGGUCAAGUAGGUACAACAAUGCCUUAAUACGUUUUGUGUGCUGCUAUUUACACGUGGGUUUCACCCUUAUGGAAAAGGAAUGCUAACUUCUGGGCUUUGGCCAGCAAUGCCACAGUGAUCUUCCCAUCCAGAGGUUCCAAUCACUUUGUCAAACAUUCAUAUUUAGAGAUUUCUGGAGGUUUAUUCCAGAGCAGAGAAACACUUUAAGGCCCUGCCAGACUGAUUUAAAGAAAUUCCUAAAAUGAAGUAGUAACGUUUUAAGCAAGCUGUGAGCUGUCCUGAUACCAUGCUGUGUAUGUAUCAGAAGGCCACGGGUUUGGUUUGUUGUAAUAAAAGGACAGUUAA